CGACUUUGGCGGUCGCCGACGGAUUUUGGUAUCCAUUUUUAAUGCGCGUUGUAAAAGUGGCGGAGUUUCUUCCUGAAGCUGGCUCUCUCCGCCUCUCCCUUCGCGCCUGUCUUUCGAACCCACUGGACUUCCUUACUUCCGAGCCCUUAACCUCUCGGUUUGGAUUUCUUGUGGUGAGGGAACAGCCUAGUUUUGUAGCAGUGCACGUCCCCCAGGAUGGACUGAAGAUUAUAAAUGCCAGAACCAUUUAAGUGGUGGUUAGCUGUUGAAUUCUGACACUUCAAUACUUUCUUGUACCAACAUCGUCAUUGGGAAGAGUUCAGAAAAAGUAGCAGAUAGAAGGAGAGACAACAUUCACAUUUGCAAUGGCUAUACCAAUAACAGUUCUUGACUGUGAUCUCUUGCUAUAUGGCCGAGGUCACCGGACAUUGGACCGUUUUAAGCUGGACGAUGUAACUGAUGACUACUUGAUGUCUAUGUAUGGGUUUCCUCGUCAGUUCAUUUAUUAUUUGGUGGAGCUCUUGGGAGCGAGUCUUUCUAGACCUACACAGCGAUCCAGGGCUAUUAGCCCAGAGACACAAAUUCUUGCAGCAUUGGGCUUUUAUACCUCAGGUUCCUUCCAGACUCGAAUGGGAGAUGCUAUUGGAAUUAGUCAGGCCUCUAUGAGUCGUUGUGUUGCCAAUGUCACAGAAGCACUUGUGGAAAGGGCCUCACAGUUCAUUCACUUUCCAACUGAUGAAGCAUCCACACAGGCUCUGAAAGAUGAAUUCUAUGGGUUGGCAGGGAUGCCAGGGGUGAUAGGCGUGGUUGACUGUAUCCAUGUGGCAAUCAAGGCACCGAAUGCUGAAGACCUCUCCUAUGUGAACCGCAAGGGUCUGCAUUCUUUAAACUGCCUGAUGGUGUGUGACAUCAGAGGAGCACUAAUGACGGUGGAGACAAACUGGCCAGGUAGCCUACAGGACUUUGCUGUGCUGCAGCAAUCUUCUCUAAAUAGUCAGUUUGAAGCUGGGAUGCACAAAGAGAGCUGGCUUCUUGGUGACAGUUCCUUCUUUCUUCGCACUUGGCUUAUGACCCCACUUUCCAUUCCUGAAACUCCAGCUGAAAAUCGGUAUAACAUGGCCCAUUCUGCAACUCACAGUGUGAUUGAGAAGACUUUUCGAACCCUCUGCUCCCGUUUCCGCUGCCUGGAUGGAUCCAAAGGGGCACUGCAGUACUCACCAGAGAAGUCCAGCCACAUCAUCGUGGCUUGUUGUGUCCUCCACAACAUCUCUUUGGAGCAUGGAAUGGAUAUUUGGUCCUCUCCAAUGACAGGAUCCAUGGAACAGCCCCCUGAGGAAGAGUAUGAGCACAUGGAGUCUCUGGACUUAGAGGCUGAUCGUAUCCGUCAGGAGCUGAUGCUUACUCAUUUUAGCUAAUGUAGAAGAUGGAGAGGAGACUUUCCAGAAGGAAUGUUCCCCCUCACCACCCCCUACACAAUUUUAUCAUCCAGCAUGACUGAGUGUGCAGACACUUUCAAAAAUUGACAUUUAAUCUGUGUGUUUUAAAAGGGUUGGAGCUAUGCCAGAAUAUCUUGAUUCAUUUGCAAAUGUGUCACAAACAGAAGCCAAGACAAGGGUUCCCUACUAUCCAGUGAACUCCAGGUUGAGCAUCACUCAUUUGAAAAUGUAAUGGUUGCAAACAUUUACGAUUGUGCCUACAAAGUUAUAGUAAAGGGGGGAAUCACAUAACAAAAACACUUUUCUGUUUUCAGUUAUUUUUCACUUUUUUGUUUUCAGUUAUUUGGUGUUUCAAAUGAAAACAAUUAAUAGUUGUCCCAAAUUAUAUGGGUGAUAUUUUAGUUUUUCUUUUUUGCUGCCUGUGAAGGCAAAUGCAAAUAGUGAAUUUAGUUGGGGAAUGGUCUUCUAAGAUAACUAAAUGGCAACUGAUCUGAGUUUGCAGCUUUGUGUUUUGUUGUUAGUACUGGGAAUUAACUCAGGGCCUCAUGCAUGCUAGGCAAGCACUCUAUCACUGAGCUAUAUCCCCAGG